CCGGCCCGACCAGCCAUGGCGGAGCCGCCGCCCAAGCUGCUGUACAUUGCCGUCGCCGACGGAGGCGGCCGGCGGGCGUUCCGGUACACGCGACCCGUCCUGCAGAGCACCCUCCAGCUCAUGGGCUGCAAGGCUCGCCACGCCUUCAAGAUUAGCAAGAGAGUAUUCAGUAUGAUGAAGAGUGAAUUCUUGGAGGCAUCAAAGUCAGAUAGGGCGGAUAAAGAGGAAAAUCCCCCUAAUGUUGGGGAAGAUCCAGAGAUGUUGAACCCAGAAAUACAGGAUGAAAGUAGUAGCAGCAUGCCAUUUGAGUUGUACAAGACCCAGACAACGAUUCUUGUUUCAAGAGAGAAGUUUCUGAAUGUUGCAUGUGAUGCUCUCUCUUCAUAUAAGUAUGUUGGACCAAACCAGAAGGCUGACUUGCUUCUUGCUUGCAGAAUUAAGGAGAGAAAGGAAUCGGUGACAGUACUGUUAUGUGGGACAAGUGGAUGUGGCAAGUCUACUUUAUCAUCUUUGCUGGGUAGUAGAUUGGGCAUCACGACAGUAAUUUCCACUGAUUCAAUACGCCAUAUGAUGAGAAGCUUUGCAGAUGAAAAGCAAAAUCCGCUUCUCUAUGCGUCAACCUACCAUGCAGGCGAAUACUUGGACCCUAUUGCAGUUUCUAAGUCAAAGGCAAAACGCCAGGCGAAGAAGCUCGCAAUGGUUUCUCAUCCUAACACCAAUGAAGGCAAAGAUGACACUUCAGAUGUUAAAUCUCAUCAUGGAGCCUCAGCAUUACCUCCUAGAACUGAGUUGAUCGGCAGCAAGCAGAUGGCAAUAGAAGGUUUCAAGGCGCAAAGCGAGAUGGUUAUUGACAGUCUGGACAGAUUAAUUACAUCCUGGGAAGAGCAGAAACAGUCUGUUAUUGUUGAAGGAGUUCAUUUAAGCCUCAAUUUUGUGAUGGGGCUAAUGAAGAAACAUCCUUCCAUAAUACCAUUUAUGGUAUAUAUUACAAAUGAGGAGAAACACAUGGAACGAUUUGCUGUACGUGCAAAGUACAUGACAUUGGACCCAGCAAAGAACAGAUAUAUCAAAUACAUUCGGAAUAUCAGGGCUAUCCAGGAAUACCUUUGCCACCGAGCAGACAAGCAUCUGGUUCCCAAGAUUAACAAUACUAACGUUGACCAGAGUGUGGCGGCCAUCCAUGCCACAGUUUUCAGCUGUCUUCGCAGGCGAGAAGCUGGGGAGCAGUUGUAUGAUCUCAACACAAAUACUGUUUCUGUUGUGGAUGAGGAAUACAGGAACCAGCGUGCAGCUAACUCCUUGGGUUCCAAGGGCAUGUUCCAGUUCAUUCAACGAAAGGGGUCUUCGAGGAAUCUGAUGGCUCUCCUUAAGCCUGAUGGUUCAGUUACUAAGGCUUGGCAUGUAGAUUCAAGUGACAGUAAUGGUAAUGGUAUUAGAAGCAGUGAUAAAUCAGUCAGAAAUCCUAUGGUUAACCCAUCACAAAUUGGGAAGGCAGAGUCAGUUAACCUCCAAUUCGGUUCUUUCGGGAUCAGCGCGUGGCUGAGUGAUACAGGUGGCACCAGCCAUACUGGAAGCGUAGAUGACCUGAAGGUUGAUGGCAUCGAGACGGGCAGUAGAAACUUCUCCUCAUGCUGCAGUUCACCAAAGUUGUCAGAUUGCGCUUCUAAAGAGCACAUGGACGAUUAUUCAGUCUAUGGUAGCGAAGAAGAUGCUGAUGACCCACCGGAUGCUGAAACUGAUGAAGAUCUAACUGACGAAGAAAGAGACGCUCAUGAGAUCGAAGCAGGCUCGGUCGAUGAGCACUCCACCAAGUCUGACGAGGAAUACGACGACCUAGCCAUGCAGGACGUGAUGGAGAACGGCGACUGCUCUGACGAUGACGAGCAAGCCACGGGUUCCGGCACCAGGAGCUUGCUAGCCCUGGAUGAGAACAUCCUCGGAUCGGCUGAUGGUGAUGAUGCCCUGGUGGAGGGCAGGUACCACCACAACAACCUGGACCUCUUCUUCAAGAUAUCAAAUGAAGUAGCCGCCAAGAAGAUGCCGUGCGCUUAAUGCUGCCGAUCCUGACGAACCCAUAAGGAGAAAAGCUGGUGGACACCACUGCCGGCAGUGAUUGUGCUUGUUCUCCGGUGGUGCUUCCAGUUGGAGCCUGCACCGGUUGUUGUACCCAUAUGGGCUUAUGUUGGUGGUUAUGACUGUUAGAGAUGCUUUGUCUAAUCUUAUUCCGGGUUAUGACUGUUAGAUAUGUUGGAAUCUGGGGCUUGCCCUUUUAUAGAACUGGAAUAAUGAAAAAAAAAGGUUGAAAAUUUCAUUUGUAUUUGUACAAGAAUCUCUUUGC